UAUAACAUUACAAUGUUCAAUUGCAUUAUUACGUAUUAUGUAACAUUCUUAACUUAAAAGAAUCAAUAUAUAGAUGAAAAGUGAGAUUAAAAGUUUGAUCAAAAAUACAGUAUACAUUUAAACAAAUUAUUAUAGUGAAGACUGUGAUUUAUCUAGUUAAUAAUCUAAUAUCUUAGUAUACAACGAGAUAACGUUAGGCUCAAUUAUUUCCAAUUGCUCCAUACCAAACAUGGCGCAAAUGAUAAUAUCUAAAAUUGCUCUCUCAGCAAUUCGAAAUAGUAAUCGUGUAAUAGUGCGAAUACCUGUGCCUGUAAAAUAUCAACGAUCAUGUUUCCAUACAAGUUGGAUUCUCGAUGUAAAAGGGAAAGAGGUCUUAAUGCCUUCCUUGUCGCCUACCAUGGAAAGUGGUACUAUUGUCAAAUGGUUAAAGAAGGAAGGUGAGAAAAUUGAGGCUGGCGAUGCACUUGCUGAUAUUCAAACCGAUAAAGCUGUUAUGACAAUGGAAGUUGAUGAUGAGAGUAUUCUUGCAAAAAUAAUUAUACCAGAAGGAACAAAGGAUAUUAAAGUAGGAACACUGAUUGCCCUUACUGUUGAAGCAGAUGAAGAUUGGAAAUCUGUAGAAAUGCCAGACACUGCUUCGAGUGCAUCUGCAAGUACUCCACCAACACCUUCUGCACCAGCUGCUGCUCCUGCUGCAAGCACUGUAGCUGAACCACCUCCUGGCCAAAAUAAUGUCAGUAUGCCUGCUUUGUCACCUACAAUGACUUCAGGUACAAUAGUAAAAUGGCUUAAAAAAGAAGGAGAAGAAAUAGAACCAGGGGAUGCAGUAGCAGAGAUACAAACAGAUAAAGCUGUUAUGACAUUUGAAUUUGAAGAUGAAGCUGUCUUUGCAAAGAUUCUUGCUCCUGAAGGUAGUCAAGUUGAAGUGGGACAAUUGAUUGCUAUUACAGUUGAAAAGGGAAUGGAUUGGAAGAAUGUUGUUAUUCCAGCAACUACAAAACCAGCUGCUGCAGCUGCUCCAGUUGCAGCGGACACGCCGGCCGCACCAGGAGGAGAUGCAAAACCUGCACCAAGUGGACAAGUUUAUGGUUUAGCAGUAAAACGAUUGUUAGAAGAAUAUGGCUUAAGUUCUGGUUCCAUCAAAGGAACUGGACGACCCAAUAGAUUAUUAAAAAGCGAUGUAUUAGCCUAUAUUGCAGCAAAUAAUGUACAAAAAGUUGCUCCAGCAGCCGCUUCUCCUCCAAAAUCCGAAGGAGAUAAAAAGGAUCGUGCCAGUUCUUCGAAAAUUCAUGUGCCUGUUGGUCAACCUUCUACCUAUGAAGAUAUACCAGUUUCAAAUAUACGUGCGGUUAUUGCUAAGAGACUCGGAGAAUCGAAGAGUACUAUUCCGCAUUCUUAUGCUUACGUCGAUAUUAAACUAGAUAAACUGAAUGAAAUUCGUAGCGAAUUGAAAGCUGACAAUAUUAAAGUUUCGGUAAAUGACUUUGUUACGAAAGCAGUCGCACAUGCAUUAGUCGAAUGCCCAUCAGUAAAUACAUUGUAUCAAAAUGGUCAGAUUAUACGUAUGCCGCGAGUCGAUGUAUCUGUAGCAGUUGCUACAGAUACAGGUCUUAUUACUCCAAUUGUUUUUGAUGCCACGGCCAAGAGUUUGUUAGAUAUUGCAAAUAAUAUUAGAGAAUUAGCUGAAAAAGCUAGAACUGGUCGAUUAAAGCCAGAAGAAUUUCAAGGAGGGACAUUUACAAUUUCCAAUUUAGGAAUGUUCGGUAUCAAACAGUUUAGUGCUAUCAUAAAUCCUCCACAAACAGCAAUACUUGCAGUUGGUGGCGGCCGAGAGGAAAUGGAUGCUACGCUACAAAAAACAACAAAAAUGUCGGCAACAUUGUCUUACGACAGAAGAGCGAUUGACGAAGACCAAGCUGCAGACUUUUUAGCUGUUUUAAAGGCUAUGUUAGAUGAUCCUUCUUUCCUUGUUGCCGGAAGAUUACGUGCGCUUAGGUAUGGGCAGAAUUGACCUUUAAUUAAAUCUUAAUUCUGAAAUGUUUCUUGAAAAAAUGGCUUUAUUAUAGAAAUCAUAAUAUUCUUAAAUAUUAAUUUUAUUUAAUAUAGAUCUGAAGAAUUUAAUUAUUUUAGUAUUGAUGUAAAAUUUAAUUAAAUAAUUCUCGAAUUUAAUAUGAAAAGCCAUUUUUUCGAAUAAAUAGCUGAAACUAUUUGUAGCUUCAAGUGUUGACAUAUGCAAACUUUAAUUUAUAAAAUUAGAAUAAUUAUGGAAAAUAUUUUACAAUAUGUAGUUCUUACUGAAGUAAGCAAUACAUUUUCCUGUUUACAACUGCCAUAAAGAAAUACAAGAUAGUAAAUAAUUGAAUGGUAAUAUUUUUACUUUUAAUAUGUGUAUACAUUUUUAGGAGAAAUGCAGAAGGUCAUUAAGUUUAAAUUAAUAAAAAUAUGUAAAAUAUAUUAGCCACGCAAUGUAAUAUAUGUAUAUAUAGUACUAAAAUAUUCUAAAGUGUUGUCAUUUCUUCUAUAUUGCUUAAUGCCCUUUACAUUUCUGUGGCACUUGUUGAAAGUUUAUUUAUUUGGACAUAUUUAUGUACGUUGAAUACAUAUUAAAGGUAUUUAUAUCAGAAUAGUAAACAAAUGCAUAGCAAUUAUAAAUUAAAGAAAAUUAUAAAGUGUUCAACUAUCAAAUAAUAUUAAUGAAAAUGAAAAUGCGUAUGUUUUACUUUUGUGUAUCUAGAGAACUUAAAUUUAAUUAAAUGAGCUAUUUAGUAUAUUUAUUUCAAUAAAAUAGUUGCCACACUGUAGUAAUUUCUAUCAUACGACAUAUCAUUAUACUACACAAUUUUCAUGGUAUCAAAACAGUUUCAAAACAGAAUAAUCUAGUCUUAUUUUUACCAUAAUUAAAUAUAGAACGAAUAUAAUGUAAAUAUAUAAAUAAAUAUAUAGUUAAUUCUAUUUAUUAGUAUCACUUUGUAUGAUUAGAAACUUCAGUGUGGCUUAACAAAUUUUUGGGAAUAGUGAAAUGUACAA